ACACACACACACACACAGAGAGAGAGAGAGAGAGAGAGAGAGAGAGAGAGAGAGGGGUUCGGUAAGAAGUGUGGCUGUGUGGGAGCUCAAAGUCAAUGAGUUCACAUGUGCGGACACAUAUAUACGCAGAUGGGAGAGCGAGAGAGAUGGAUUACGCUUACGCAGCUCCUGAAAGGCAAAUGGGUUGCUCUCCCUUGGGCAGGAUGAUAUCUAAAGUCAUCAAGAAAUGCAACGGGCGGAGAGGACGGACGAGGCACGAGCAUCUGGACUACGCCAUGGCGCACCCUCACGCUCAAACACACUACGUGCGGCCAGACGCACGCACGGUCACCUACACCACCACCAGCAACCCUCCCAGCUCCCACGCGAUGCCGGCGCAGCAACCGCCAGUCCACGGCCCGUACGGCCCUGCCGCCGGCGCGCCGCCUCGAGCAGACGGCAAGCCACGCAAGCGCAAGAAGUCCAAGUCCAAGUCCAAGCACGUCCGGUUCAACACGCCGGGGCCGGGGCCGGGGCCACCGCCGAGCGCUGCCGAUGCGUACCAGCAUCAGCAUGCACCGCCGGCGGCAGGAACGAGCGGUGACGCGGCGUACGGCGACCAGCACCAGCACCACGCGGCCGCCUCCCACGCCUACGCCCCAGCGCCGCAGGGGCACGGGCACGGGUACGGAUACGGCAGGUACGCGCCGUCGCCGCUGACGCGGUGGGAGAUGCUGGGCGCCGGGGGAACGCCGAGGCGGCACGAGUACUUCUCCGGCGAGUACCGGUGGUACUACCCCACCCCGGUGCGCGAGGGCAUCUACAGCAUGGCCACGGACGCCAACCGGCUCACGUCCAUCUUCAGCGAGGAGAAUCCCAACGCUUGCACCAUAGUCUGAACCACCGGCCCGCCAGUGAUCAGGGAAUAAUUUGUGUUUUCUGAAUAUUUUUUCUUACAGUAGUAAUUAUGCGAAUAUGAUGCUUGUAGUGUUGUGUAUAACAGUAGGAGAGGCUAAUGGCAGUAGUGUGUUUUAGUUUUGUGAUGAACACCAUAGAGUUUAGUGGUGCUCUCUGGCUGGUGAAAUGGAUUUGUUCUAUGUUUCGGCUUAUAUUCUCCCUGUCCCAUGCACGCGUUGCAUUUUUCAGAGAAGUCGACUGAGGUAACUCCCUCCGUCCUAUAA